GUAGAAGAUUUUCUAACUCUCAAAAUCUUUGUUUAUUUACUAUUUGUGCCAUUGAAUUUUUUUUUUCUAAUGUUUCCACUUACUUUUUUUUCUUUCUCUCUCCCCCUUAUCUCUUCCAUCGAUUAUUUUCAGCCUCUUUCCUCUAUUUUUUUGUUGAAAUCCUCUAAAUGAUCUUGCAGAGAUGGCAUGUAUGAAGAAGGCACUACCAUUCAUUUUAAUGGUAUUGUUGCAAAUAGGGUAUGCAGGAAUGGAUAUUCUUACAAAGGAUGUCCUAAACAAAGGCAUGAGCAUUUACGUUCUUUCCGUCUACCGUCACGGAGUUGCCACCGUUGUUAUGGCUCCGUUCGCCUUCUACUUCGACAAGUAUUCUCUACAUUUCCAUCUUUAUUUCAAUUUCUCUCACAAAACAUAAUUCAAUGUUUGGUUUGCGAGUAGUUUCAAGACCAUGAUAGCAGAUUAUCAUUCAGGCCUAAUUGGUAGUUGCGUUUGCAGCAUUAUAAACGCAAACGGAAAAGUAAACGUGGUUUUUACGUCUAAAACAAUCACAGCUCUAUAGUUUGAUAUAAAUUGGGAAUCGAGUCUACUUUUAUUACUAAAUCUUUUAUUCUACAAAACGAAUUAUUUUCAGAUACAUAAAUUAAAGAUAAUACAAUGUUGAGUCUUUUUUGUUUGUGGAUGGUUCUUGGACGUUUAACAUAUAUGUUAAAAACAAGAAUUGUAACAGUUUUGCCAAUAUCAUGCAUUAAAUCUGAGUACUUAAGAUUUUAGUGUUUUCUUUACAAAAUACACGAGUUCAACAUUUAAUACAUAAACCGAUAAAAGUAGUUAUGCAACAGUAAUUACUAUUGUAGUCCAGUAAUAAAUUAGGAACCAGUUGUGCAGAGUACGGGAUCUACACAAUUUUGGAUUUCCUAAUAAUUCUCGAUGAAAAAAAACAGGAUAGUGAGACCGAAGAUGACAGCGUUGAUUUUCUUCAAAAUAGCGAUUCUUGGUUUAUUAGAGUAAUUUUUUUCCUUCUUCAAAUUAUUUUCUAUGAGACAUCACAUCUCUUCUUUUAUUGACUGAAUCUGAUUUAUUUUCCAUUUCGUUCAUGUAUUUUGCGUAUAAAUAGUCCAGUGAUUGCUCAAAACUUAUUCAAUCUCGGGAUGAAAUACACGACAGCUACAUUUGCAAUUGCCUUGUACAACACUUUACCUGCAGUCACGUUCAUCCUCGCCUUAAUAUUCAGGCUCGAAAGCGUGAAGUUUCAAAGUAUCAGGAGUGCCGCUAAGGUGGUUGGAACAGUAACUACAGUUGGAGGAAUCAUGGUCAUGACACUUGUAAAAGGUCCAGCUCUUGACCUCUUCUGGACUAAAGGACCCUCUGCACAGAACACAGUUGGGACCGAUAUUCAUAGCUCCAUCAAAGGUGCAGUUUUAGUCACAAUUGGUUGCUUCAGCUAUGCAUGUUUCAUGAUACUACAAGCAAUCACAUUGAAGACUUACCCUGCAGAGCUCUCUCUCGCAACAUGGAUAUGCCUAAUAGGUACAAUAGAGGGAGUAGUUGUAGCAUUAGUGAUGGAGAAAGGAAAUCCUAGCGUGUGGGCCAUUGGUUGGGACACUAAACUUCUUACAAUCACCUAUAGUGGGAUAGUGUGCUCAGCGCUUGGUUACUACAUUGGAGGAGUGGUGAUGAAAACCAGAGGUCCUGUGUUUGUAACAGCUUUCAAACCUCUUUGUAUGAUCGUUGUGGCGAUUAUGUCGAGCAUCAUCUUUGAUGAGCAGAUGUACCUCGGAAGGGCUCUUGGUGCUACGGUCAUAUGUGUAGGUCUAUACCUUGUGAUAUGGGGCAAAGCCAAAGAUUAUGAAUAUCCUAGCACGCCGCAAAUAGAUGAUGACUUAGCACAAGCAACCACAAGCAAGCAAAAAGAACAAAGAAGAACAGUGAUAGAAUCAGUCUAACUUAACAAUCACGGUCCAAAUGUUUAGCAUGGAUGAGCCAUAACGUAUACCAGCUUUCUAUGUUGUCCACUAUUUUGCAGAGCAAUUGUAGAAUAUAAUCACUAACUACAAGAUGGGAGAAAAAAAGAAGGAAAAGUCGUAUAGACUUAUAGAGAACAGAAUGGUCAGUUGCGAAUAUAUACAGAGAUCCAUCUUUAUUCUUUAGUUUAUGUAAAUGAAGACCAUGUAACAUUUUCUCAUAUCAUUUCUUCAAUGGAAGGAAAACAACGUUUAUUUUUUAUUGGUUGACUUUACAAACAAUGAGUACAGGACUUUGCAAAGAUAAACUAGUUGAUAGACGAGCUAGUC